GCUACAGUGCAUGUUCAUAGAAAGAACCACACGGAUCAAGCAUGUGAGGCAGCGAACAGAACUUAAUGAGGAACACCAGAGUCAACGGAUUUGGACGCGCCCAUGCCUUCAUUCUAUAGUGUGCCCUUCUUGUACAAUCGCAGAGAAAAUGUUGCUAAGAGAGAAUAUUGUGAGGAAUGAGACCUUUCCCCAUAUUUUAUGACCAAUAUGCGUUAAGAAACACAUCUAUCUAUUCUACCAAUACAAAGUUCUAGAAUCCCGAAGAAGCAAGCGUCCACACACACACAGACCGGAGAACAUGAGAGCAUUCGUCAGCAGCAGAAGAGUCAAAAGAUGGCAGUUUUUUCACUUAUUUGCCAUUUGUUUUAUAUUAAGCUUCAUGGUUUUUUGGGGCCCGAUCAAUAAUUACAUCAUGAGCCACAUGAAGUCCUACUCCUACAGAUACCUUAUAAAUAGCUAUGACUUUGUGAACGAUUCCCUGUCUCUCAAGCACAGCUCUGUGCAGCCUCACCACCCAUACUUGAUCAACCACAGAGAGAAGUGUCAGGCCCAAGAUGUCCUCCUCUUACUCUUUAUAAAGACUGCCCCUGAAAACUACGAGCGACGUUCUGCCAUCAGAAAGACGUGGGGCAACGAGAAUUACGUCCAGUCUCAGCUCAACGCCAACAUCAAAAUUCUGUUCGCGUUAGGAACUCCUCAUCCACUGAAGGGAAAAGAGCUGCAAAAAAGACUGAUUUGGGAAGAUCAAGUGUACCACGACAUAAUUCAGCAAGAUUUCACUGAUUCUUUCCACAAUCUUACUUUUAAAUUUCUUCUUCAGUUCGGCUGGGCAAACGCCUUUUGCCCACAUGCCAGAUUCCUGAUGACUGCUGAUGACGACAUAUUUAUCCACAUGCCAAAUCUCAUUGAAUACCUUCAAGGGCUGGAGCAGGUUGGAGUUCGAGACUUUUGGAUUGGUCACGUUCACCGAGGGGGCCCUCCUGUUAGAGACAAAAGUAGCAAGUACUAUGUUCCCUAUGAAAUGUACAAGUGGCCAGCCUACCCUGACUAUACCGCUGGUGCUGCCUAUGUCGUCUCCAACGAUGUAGCUGCCAAAAUCUAUGAGGCAUCACAGACGCUGAAUUCCAGCAUGUACAUAGACGAUGUGUUCAUGGGCCUCUGUGCCAAUAAAGUGGGGGUCGUGCCACAGGACCAUGUAUUUUUCUCAGGGGAAGGGAAGAUUCCUUACCAUCCCUGUAUCUAUGAAAAGAUGAUAACGUCUCAUGGACACUCACAAGACCUGCAGGACCUCUGGGUGGAGGCCACAGAUCCUAAAGUGAAGGACAUUUCGAAAGGGUUUUUUGGUCAGAUCUACUGCAGGUUAAUUAAGAUAGUUCUUCUCUGCAGACUGACUUACAGGAACUCGUACCCUUGUAGGGCUGCAUUUGCUUAAUACCACUGGGAUGCUGUACUGCGUUAACUGUCACUGAGCCAGGCUUGAACGGAAAAGGAUUCUGUAAAUGCUUCUCUCUGCCCUAAGUCGAAUGGAUGGAAAGCAAAGGGAUCGUUUCAGAACCCAAUCGAACUUAGAGUCAGUGGAACUCUUAAAUUAAAUUAACAGCUUAAUUUCAUCUCAAGGAAUUCAUAUUUUAAAAGACUUAGAUCGUGAACAAGAGUAAAGUAAAAAUUUCAAGGUCUCAUUUGGUUCCACAUAGGUAUUUUGAGGUAGGGAGAACAACUGAGAAGCCUUGAUAUCAAAAUAGUAGUUUUGGGGGAACACCUAACAAAUGUAUAAUUGUAGCAUUUCUGAGAAAUUGAAUACAUCUUAGAACAAGCAAUCCAAAUUAUCUUCAUUAGAGAGUGCUAGGUAGAGGUUGGGGGAGGCAAAUGGUAUAGAAGAAAACUACCAACAUGAUGAAAGGUUCAUUGGAAUGAGGACAUACAAGGAAAAUGUCUGCAAUUUUGUUACGGUUAAGUCGCUUAACAUUGGCAUUCCUAUGGCUGUUUCCCUAGACAGUUCUAGAUUCACUUAAAACACAUUUGUGUCACUUUCUCAAAUUUAAUUUUUAGUGUAAAACUUUACAAAGUGGUCAGCUCUGCUCUAAACAAUGCUGUGUGUAGGCUUUCUCUAAAGUUAUAAAACAGGAGUAGUGCCUGGCCCCUGGAGGUCCUUUUUUAAAGAUAAGUUACUGUCAACUCCAAUAAGCCGGUUUUAACUUAAUGAAUUAUUCAGUUGCUUUUAAAGCAUUAAAUCUUGGCCUUUGUUUAGGGAGAGAUAGAGCAAGGGGUAAAGCUCAGCACCCAAAAGGGGAAAAACAAAGAAACAUUACCCAUCCCUUUUCCUUGUAACUUGUAAUAUGUUAACUUGGAGUCCAGACCAUGGCACUCAAUACUCAUACUAACCCUCCACUUACCAAGAAGGUCUUGUAGGCCACAGAUUUCGUUCCAAGUGCAGACUUUUUAACCUGGAAGUUUUCAAUACGCUAUCACGUCUAAAACAAACCACUAUUAGACUCAAUGACUAUCAGAGGUUAUCUUUUAAUAUUUCAAACAUGGGAGCAGAGUAAGAGAGCUAGAGAAACCGACCAAAUGAGAUUAGAAAUUUUGGUAAAUCUGCACGCUCUUUGUAAUCAGAGGCGUGGCAGGUCUAAUAAAUUAAUUACAUUUAUUUUACAAAACGGGAUUGAAACCCAUGGCUGUUACAGAAACAAUGCAUCCCACAGAAAGGGCUAAGGGGUGUUCAUCAAUUAAGGACCUGUGAUGCAGGCCAAAACGUGACUUCAGCCAGCAGAGGUAGAUGCUUAGCAAACCUCAGACAGAGGCACAUGGUAGGGAAAGUUUAGCUGCCAUUAUUAGGAUGGUGUUAGAAACAAAGUUAAAAACAAAAACUCUUAAGAAUUUCUCAAAAUACACAACUAAUGAUAUCUGUGUUUUCGCAGGUAGAUUUUAAAAAAAAAUAAAUAAAUGUUUACAGAAAUCUUUGUGAAGGUUUUUUAUUAUGAGAUAUGGAGCUUGUUUAUACUGCUCAGGUAGUUUCUUACUAACUUCAAGACUAGUAUUAAACAUUUCUGAAAUAGUUAUUUUGGGGGUAGAUUCAGGGUUUUAGAUUACUACAGUUCAGAUUUUCUGAUCAGUUUUUUAAACACUAGAGAAGAAAAGUGUAACUUGAAAAGCAGCUUCAUAGUUCAUCCUCUCCGGUUGGCCCUUUGAUAACUGCUGGCUUUGGGUAUACAUGGAUAAUUAGUGUCCGUGUUUCUACUUGGAACUGGUAAAAGUUGUCACUGGCUGGAAAAUGUCAUCUCAUGUGCAAGAUGGUCUGUUUACACUGGUACUUUAUAAAGCAGUAUUUUGUUUGUUUUGAGCUCUCUUGAACCUUGUCCAUCUUUCUCAUUUUGCUCACAACAGGAUGGGACUGGUUUGAAGUUAAAGGAAAAAUGAAGGUACUUUGUCUUUCGGAGUUGUCACAUGACUCCUUCUUAAGAUUCAAAAGCCCUGAAAGGUAUUUAUACAUGGAGUUGUUCUAACCUUUUAAAAAGGAAAGGAACAACUUGGUGCUGUAAAGGGGGCUGUUUUCAAAAUGAAAAAUAAAAUGAAACAGGAAAUAAACUGUUGGCCCAGAUAGUCAUUCAAGUUUUAAAAAAUGGCUGCACACAGUAAUACUGCUAAAAAAAAAAAACAAAAAUAAAAACAAAAACAAAAACUUACCUCCUUAUUGGGUUGCAUCUUUUUUCAGCUAUUAAUUUUAUACCAAAAUGUUAAAUAUUUAUAUUGCUUGAGUUUCAAUCUUGUAUGGAAAAAUAACUAGUAGGUCUAAAAAUUCUACGCUUUCCAAUAAAUAAGGUAAAAAUCAUCA